AUGUCGCUUAAUACAGUCACAAAAGGCGUUGGUGGCGCCACAGGCAAUAUCGACAAGACAAUUGACUCUACCAAAAAAGACAAUGUCUCGUCGACUGCCAAAAAGACCAAAAAGCAGACCGACAGAACAACCCAAGACCUAGCGGGCAUUUCUGUUCCCGGCGAAUUUCCAGACAAUGACAGCGACAAAAACAAACAGGCGGAAGAAAUGCCUCAAGUAUCCUUGCCGUCUGCCUCUUUCAUAGUCCAAUGGCUAAUGGACAAAUUCGAGUCCAAUACCAAGGGUUUCAUUUCUCGUUAUCUGCCACAACAACGUCAAGAAGCCAUCUAUCAAUCAGCAAUGUCGCGCCCAAUGGCAACGACUUUCAUAAUUUGUCAAUUACUUUGUUGUGGUGUGCCUCUGUUGGUAUUCAUGGCUGGCGUGUUCAUCUUUGCAGCUGUUGCGAUUCUGCUCUGGGCUUUGUUAUCGUUAUUGAUCCUAGGUCCAGUGCUGUUAGUAACUGGCUGUUCAGGAUUCCUCUUGUGGGGAUGGGGCUGGUUCUUCUAUUCAUUUAUCAAGUGGGUAGAUCAGCGUUUUCUGGGCGGCGUGCUGACACGAUUCUUCUUGCCAUUGUCGUCGGCACAGGAUGAUAAUGAUGCUGAUUCCCAGCCAUCAGAUCAGGCGUCUGGUGGUUCGGAGAAGAAGCCUUAG